AUGACCACGGACACACUCUGCGGCUCUGCAACUCCUCUGGAAACCACUGCCUUCUCCAAACGCCUCAUGAGUCCACACGCUACUAGGAACGACGCCCCCAUGUCCCCACCUGAAGAUGUCUCCUUCGUCGGCGAUUUUAGUGAAGAUGACGAUGACGACUUCACUCGUUCGCCGAACUCGUCGCAGGAUCUCUUGAGUCCUUGUUCAUCCUACAUGGACGCGGACGAUCCUGACGACUCAGCAGACUCCUCCGUUACACAAAUGACGACCACCAGGCGGAAACGGAUACCCAAGGUGUCUUCCAGAAGUCGAGGAACGAUAAACGCAUCUGGUGUCGUUGUUAAGGUUAAGAAGACUCGUAGGCUCAAAGCCAAUGACCGUGAGCGCAACAGGAUGCACAACCUCAACAGCGCCCUCGACAGGCUGAGAUGCGUACUACCAACCUUCGCAGAAGACACAAAGCUAACCAAGAUCGAGACUCUACGAUUUGCGCACAACUACAUCUGGGCUUUGUCGGAGACCUUAAAGAUCGUCGGCACAAAAUCUGAUAAGAAGGACAGCAACACUGUGUCGUCCAGUGAAGUCACAACGACAACGGAACCAGAAGCUUCGACGACGACGCUCCCAGGUGGCUAUUCUGCGCCUUCCUUCGCGAACGUUGUGUCAAGACAUCAAGGCAGUCUCUCCUCCCCACCAACCCCCUGGAACAUGGCGACGUGUCCCAGUACUGUGGUCGUGCCGACACCAGCAAGUUCAGUGGACUUUUCAGACUCCUCGUGCUCCGGGUCCGAGUGCGGGUUCGCGACUUAUGAGACGCUAUGA